AUGCCUUCAAAAUUUCAUGUACGCAUUUCAAAGGUAUUUACAGUUUUAACUUUCAAAAUUGUAUAAAGCUAAAAAUAUUGCAGAUGUCUAAUUGUUCUUGCAUUAUUCGUUGUAGCUGUUCAACAAUCAAAGAAACAAUCGAUGCAGCUCCAGAAUAUUUGAAAAAGGAGUAAGGAGAAAUUAGAAAUAAAAAAUAUCAAUAAAUUGUUUUCAGCGCAAUUCGAUGGAAUUCUGCGGCACAAUUAUAUGAAGAAAUAACUGAACAUCGAAAAGCAAAGAAAAAUUAUGGAAAAUGUAAAAGUCGUGAGUAAAAUUUUACUACUUUUCAAAUACUUCACUAAAAAUAAGCCUUAUUCAAAUAGGAAGCUCAGCUGAAUCCAGACCUAAUUUAAUUGUUUAUAAUCGCAUUCUUUUUUGCAUUUCAGAACAUCAUUCACCGGAACACAGCCCAACUCGUUUCUCAAAUCAUCAUCGUCGCUUUUCGCACAAUCAAAUACUUUUCGGUGGAAGUCUUCUAGAAAUUCGAUCAGCAACACAAAGAGUCGAAGGGUCAGUCAAACUAAUUAGAACAACUUUUUACAUGCAAUUUUCUUUGUGGGAAAAGUAUUUUCUAGAGAAUAACACAAAAACUAACAACUUCCUUGUUUUUUUCAUCGUCUAGAUACAAUGUACAUAUACAUACUUAUUUCUAAACGAUUCGAAUUGAGAAUUCUCGCACCACAAAAAAUUCCAGAAGUUCAAAAUUUCAUAGUUUUUUUUCUGAAAAAAUGCCGGAAAAACAAUUUUUCUCUUCCUUUUUCUUUGAAAGAAAAAUGAUGCAAAUUUCCGAUUUUCAUUUCUUCGAGUUUUUUUUUGUUUUGAGAAAGAAAUACAUUUCUCUUCUAAUCAUUCAAUGAUCAAAAAAGUUUACUUUUUUUUGUUUGUAAAGCUGAGCAAAUAUUUUUUGCCUCCAUCUUCUCAUUUUAAAAAUUGAACGUGUAUUUUUGCACAUCCAGACUUUUAUUGACAUGUUUUAUUUCUCUCAUUUUUUGUGGGGCUAUAAUUAUUUUUCAUGGUUUUCCAGACAUUUUUCGUGUUCCUUUUUCUUUGGACUUUGUUUCCAUUUUUUUUUCAAAGAGAAAUCUGCAAAAUGUUUUCUUUUCCUUUUCCCGAAAGAAAGAACCAAAAACAAAAUGAAUCCUUCAUUGUAAAGUGGUUUUGAGAACCGCGUCAGCCUGCAGAAAAUAAAUUAACUUCAGUUUUUCCCGAACGCCAUUUCUCUUUUAUCUAAUUUCUUUUUAUUGGCAUUUGCACGGUUUUCGUGAUUUAUGCAGUCAAAACAGAUAAUAAGUUUAAGCAGCUUGCGAUUUUUCAGAAUUUUCUUGAAACCUUUAAGGAAGUAGUUUUCCAGCUCUCAACGGGAAAAGGAGGGUUUCAAAUAAUGAAAAUGUUUAGAAUAAUUUCAUUUUUCUAAAACAUGACUUCAACUUGAAAUUUCGAAUCAUAGUUACUUCUGGGAACACAUUUUUAUUUGCAUUUUUUUUUUCGUUCGCAGCGGUUUUCCAAAUCUGAAUGCUGACGUGAAAAUUAUGAGAAAAAAUGAAUAGGCGGAGCGUUUUCGAAACUACAAUAUAUUUACUCGAAUUUCUCAAAAAAAAACACAUUAGUCACUAAUAUUAUUUUUCUUUCUUCUUUUCUUUUUACAAUUGAACUGUUUAGUUUUUGAUUUUUUGAAUGAUCUUUCUUAAAAUCCAACUGGAUCAAACUAACAAACAUAUUUUAUUUUGAACACAACACAAACAUUCCUCUCAGCAAAAUAUUUCACUUGUCACAUGACUUCCCAAUCAUCUAUUUUCUCUCUAUCACCAAUUAACUAAUUUAUACAUGUUUGGUCUUUCGUCAAUCAUUUUUGUGUUAUUUGCAUUUAUUUGUGGGAAGUCAAUCACUCGUCGCAAAAAUAGAUUAUUCACGUGAUAAGAACAACACAAAUGGGUGGAAGAACGAUGAAUUGUUAUUAUUUGUCGUUGACAAAAACAUAUGAGAGGGGUGGGGUUUUGGUGACAUGCUCUUCGGGUUACUGUAUUCUAGAAUAUUCUCGAAGAACAAAAAAUUUCGCUCCCGGGUGGGCUCGAACCACCAACCUUUCGGUUAACAGCCGAACGCGCUGCCUAUUGCGCCACGGAAGCACAUGGAAAAGCUUGUCAAAAAAUCAUAUUAGUUUUUGAACAUUAUUUAUCGAACGACUCUGACGAGUAUAGUUUGGUUAUUUUUCAAUAGAAAAAAAUAGUUCACUCAAAAAGGUCACCAUCUCAUUUAUUUUUCAUUAGUAUCUAGUGAAAUUGUUUUCUAUCUCGAUUUUUCGUGCCAUUUAUUUUUUUUUUCGGGAGCCAAUUGAAUUAACUCCGCCCAUUUCAGGGAAAAUAAUAAAUAAAUAAGGAAAUUUUCCGGCUCGCCGAAAAUAAAACCAAUUUUGCUGAUAAUUGAUAAUCAAAUUUACUGUUCGCUUAGUUUACACGACUUUUGCUUGUACAUUUUAUCUCGAAAUGAAUCAAGGUUUUCACGUGGCACUUUAUGUUUUAUUUUUCCAAAAAAUGUGUGUUCUUUUCCACAUCGUCGCAUUUCUAAUUAAUUCGAUUUGUUUUCAAAUAUAAAAGGAUAUGAAUAACUCAAAGGAUGGUCAUUUUGUGUUUUUAUCAAAACAUUUCUCAUUUGUGUUUUUUUUUUUUGGUUACUUGGUUGCAUGUGAAACACACAUGUUUUUCCAUAAAAAAGAAAGCAGAUUGCGGCGGGAAUAGAACAAAGAUUAAAAGAUUGAAAAGUUUCCGAACAUUCUAGACAAACAUUUUGCAAUAUUUUUGGAAAUGAAAGUGCACGAUGAUUGAGGUGUGUAAUCAUUCAUUUUUUGGCGUGAAAAAAUAAUAAUUUUGAAUGUCUUAAUUAUUUAUAGUUUCGAAUAUGAAUUUCACAAAAUUGUUCUAUAUUUCAUAAUUAUGUUGUUAAAACAACACAGCGGUCAAAUAAGAUGUUUUUGAAUGACGAGCUCUUUAAAAACCUCAAAAAUCAUCUGUCCUUAUUAUCAUUUUGUCAAAUGUAGUCUACUCAUCUCUGUUAUUAUCAUCCUAAACAAAUAAACAAUAUUUUUCAUAAUAUAUUCGUCUUCAAAGAUACUUAGAUAUUUCGCAAUCGAAUCCAACCAGCUGAGAUGACGUCAUUUCAUGUCUGCGUCUCUUUAUAAGGAAUCCCUUUCUCAUCUCACCUUAGCUCCGCCCACUUUCAUCUUCUACUUAUUUUUUCUUUCGCCUUUUGUUAUUGUUAUUAUUCUUGUUGUUUUCUCAUCGCAUCUCCUUAAUUAUGACAUCUAGCGUUUUGCCAUAUCGCAAUCGAAGUGCUUCACUUUUUGCUGAAAGUCAAUUUGCACCAAAAAUGUUGAGAACUGAACCAAUUCCGUGUUUGAGAUGUGGAAAUGUUGGAUCACCCACAGGGUUUGUAAAUUAUUCAAAUUUUUAAAGGAAAAAUGGGGAGGAGGUGGUUCUGGGUAUUUAUGAUCCCACUUUUUAAAAUAUAUUUAUAUUUUUCAGAUCUGUUCCAAUGUCACUUCACAAAGUUUCCUCUAUCAAUCGUUCAGCUGGAACAAAUCCAGCAAGUCGCGGUGGAGAAUCUUCUCUUGAACUCGAAGCUAUUGGUAUGUUUUUUUUCAUCAUAGAAUAUCAAAACAUUUUGAAUCUGUCAUGAAUUUUUUUGUGAAAAUUUAAAAUCGUAUUUUUUUCAGCUGCUGUUCACGAACUUUCAUUUGCUGUUCAAUCCAUCAGUGUUUCUGAAAUGCUUCCAAGAACUCCUGAUCUUAUUUUCGUUAAUGUCACAACAAUCGAAACUCAACCUUAUUGCCUUGAAUUAACACUUAAAGGAUGGCGUAUAACAUCAUUGAGAAGUGAUUGUAUGGUUGGAGAUUUCACUCGUUUCGAAUUAUUCACAAAAUAUUAUGACAGUUUAUACGCUCUUAUGGAUGAUAUUUCACCAGGAUAUCGUGAGAGAUUCGGUGAGAAAUUGACUCAACGACUUCGACUUCUUGAAUGUGGUGAAGAUGAUAUAAUUGCACCAUGUGGCUCACUUCAAUCACCACCACUUUCAACAACAGAUUCACAUUAUUCAUCAAAUGAUUCACUUCCAACUUGUACUCCUGUUUCAACUCCUCUCAUUGAUCCAAAAUUUGAGAAACCAUUCUUCAAUUAA